UUGCUGUCCGCCGCCGCACAUGGUGCACAUGGUAUUUGUUUUUGUAGAAAUAAAUAUAAGUUAAUUGCCACAAAAUGGGAGGCCAGGGAAAAAUGAUAAAUCGCAAGCGCAAAUUUGUGGGACGCAAGAGCGACGAUCCUGAAUUCGAUCUGGACAAAAAACACUUCAAGGUGCUGCACGUGAAUGCCAGCGAGAAGCGUUUGAUCAUCGUGCUGGAGGGGGCCCAGCUGGAAACGGUUAAGGUGCACGGCACUUUCGAGCUGCUGAACUGCGACGACCACGCGGGCAUUAUGCGCAAGAAUCAACGCGAUCCGGGCUCCUGCCGCCCCGACAUCACCCACCAAUGCCUGCUAAUGCUAUUCGACUCCCCGCUGAACCGUGCCGGUCUGCUCCAAGUGUUUGUGCGCACCGAGCACAACGUCCUCAUCGAGAUUAAUCCCCAGACGCGCAUUCCACGCACUUUCAAGCGGUUCGCCGGCCUGAUGGUCCAGCUGCUGCACAAGUUCCAGAUUCGGGCCAACGACUCGUCCCGCCGCCUGAUGGGCGUUAUCAAGAACCCCAUCACAGACCAUCUGCCGGUCGGCUGCAAGAAAUACGCCAUGUCCUUCUCCGGAAAGCUGGUCACAAACUGCCGCGACCUUGUCCCGCACGGCGAGGAAGGCAGUGUGGCCUACGAUGAGCCCGUGGUUAUGGUGAUCGGCGCCUUUGCGCAUGGCGUUCUCAAGACGGACUACACCGAGGAGCUCUUCUCCAUCAGCAACUACCCGCUGUCGGCGGCCAUAGCCUGCUCCAAGCUCUGCAGCGCCUUCGAGGAGGUCUGGAAGGUAGUUUAGGCCGCCGCACAAGGGCGGCCAGAUGUCCCGCCCUUGAUUAGUUAUAGCUUUAGCACGUAGUCCCAUUCUGACUAGAUUAUAUUGCGCAUUGCAUUGCCAUGCAGCCUGUAAAGUA